UUUCGUUGGCGGUGUGCACUGUACAGCGCCUAGAGCUUUGAUAUUUCAGCAUGGAAUAAAAAUCGAGAGAUAUUCGUUGCCAUGGAUUGGACGGUGAAAGGGAUGGGUUGUAGCUACCAUCAUGGCAUCAUCACCGGCCAGCUGUUUCUUCUCUGUUGCUUUACUUGCACGGUUGCAACACCAAUCCCUUCAGCUUUCACUUUCGGCCCCUAUGACGCUCUCCUACUCCAAGCAAGAGGUCGGUCAAGGUUCGUGCCCGUUAAAAGCAGACAGGAAGGAAGAAGGCUCCGCCUCAUCAAGUCAGGGAGGUACACCUGAGCCAUGGUGCCGUGGAGGCUGGAGGCGCGACUGGCGGAGACGGUGCGGGUUCCUUGGCUGGCUCUUCUUCUGCAUCACCGUCGCCAGCGAUGUCGCGCAUGCGCUCAGAAGCAGCAAUCUCCCCAUCUAAGGCCGGCAGCCAAGACCGACUCUGCGCCUAUAAAGUGGCAGUUCAUUGGGCGUGCAGGAAGAAAAUUGAUUUACAGCAGUGUAACCAGUCAGUGAGCUCAUCCAUGAGAGAAUGAAUUCGAUGUAAAGGUGAAAUAUUCAUAUAGAUUAGAUGUAAAAAUCUUGUGUCAAACAGAGAAAUAAACAAAGGUAGCAUA